CCAGCCCACAAGUCCUGCUAUUGGGCAAUUAGUACGUGACUGAAUUGGCCCUGCCUUCUUUCUCAAAUCGUCUAAUCAAAGGCUUUCAUUAGCCCACCCAUUCAUCCUACGCUAUCCUAUCGGAACUGCAUCCGUUGUCCACAGCAUCAGCCGCGAAUUUCAAACUGAGGAAAGCCGUGAGGAAAUGUCAGACUGCAGCGAGCAUGGCCGAAACAUUCACGGAUUCCAACCGCAACCUCCCUCACCUGGACGUCGAAAGUCAUCCAGGGUCCAGUCGGGAAACGCAGGCAAUGGCCGCGGACAUAGACAGGUGGAACUGGAAAAAGUUUUGGGAAUUACAGUAUCCAGCAACAGCAGUAUUACUUGUGACCCUAUUUCUGGACUUAUUGCCUAUCCUGCUGGAUGUGUCAUUGUAGUUUUAUGUCCAAGGAAAAACAAGCAAACACACAUUUUCAACACAUGCAGGAAACCUUUGAGUGCUUUGUCAUUUUCUCCUAAUGGAAAGUUUAUUGUUACUGGUGAGAGUGGGCACAAUCCAGCUGUCCGAAUCUGGGAUGUGGCUGAAAAAGUCCUAGUAUCUGAAAUGCUGGGCCACAAAUAUGGAGUGUCAUGUGUAUGCUUCUCUCCUGAUAUGAAAUAUGUUGUUUCUGUGGGCUAUCAGCAUGACAUGGUUAUCAAUGUGUGGGACUGGAAGGUGAACAUGAUUGUUGCCAAAAACAAAGUUUCUAGCAAAGUGUCUGCAGUGUCCUUUUCAGAAGACAGCAGUUAUUUUGUUACUGUAGGAAGCAGGCAUGUUAAAUUCUGGUACUUGGAGACCUCAAAAAAAAUCCAGGUUAAUGGCACAGUGCCUCUUGUUGGCAGGUCAGGAUUAUUAGGGGAUCUUCAUGAUAAUAUUUUCUGUGGAGUUGCUUGUGGGAAAGGCAGUAACUCUCGGAGCACCUUUUGCAUUGCAUACUCUGGAGUCCUUUGUCAGUUUACGGACAAGAGAGUGCUGGAAAAGUGGAUCAAGUUAAAGGUAUCGGCAUCAUAUUGUCUAGCUGUAACAGAGCUCUUUGUCUUUUGUGGUUGUGAAGAUGGAAUUGUUCGAAUAUUUAAUGCUCAAAACCUUCAGUACAUCACAGAUUUACCCAAGCCACAUUAUUUGGGGGUAGAUGUCUCGCUGGGGACUGACCCAAGCACAUUGUUUACAAAACAGACAGAUUCAAGUUACCCUGAUACUUCAGCUUUGGUGUAUGAUGAAAGAAACCAGUGGCUCUGCUGUGUAUAUAAUGACCACAGUCUUUACGUCUGGGAUGUCAACGACACAAGGAAAGUGGGAAAAGUGUAUUCUGGCCUUUAUCACAGUUCGUUUGUGUGGAACAUAGAGGUCUUUCCAGAGCUUGGAGAGAGGCCAUGUCUUCCAUCUGGAUGUUUUUUUUCAUGCUCAUCUGACAACACAAUACGUCUCUGGAACAUUGAAAGAAAUGCAAACCUGUAUCUUGGGAAAAAUAUCUACAGCAAUGACUUACAUAAGGUAAUUUAUGUUGACAAUAACAUAGAGCAUCUAAAGGACACUUCUAGCAUGGCAGAAAAAUCUGAUGUUAGAGAUACAAAAAGUGGGAUACGUGUACUCAAAAUUCGUCCUGAUGGACAACAUUUGGCCUCAGGUGACAGGACAGGGAACAUUCGAAUAUAUGACUUGGGAAUAUUUGAUGAGUUAUUGACAAUAGAAGCACAUGAUGGGGAGGUCUUAUGCCUUGAAUAUUCAAAGCCUUCAACUGGUGUUACAUUGCUUGCUUCAGCAAGUCGGGACAGACUUAUUCAUGUUCUAAAUGCAGAGAAGGAUUAUAUACUGGAGCAAACACUGGAUGAUCACUCGUCUUCCAUAACAGCUGUCAAGUUUGCUGGGGACCAAGAGGAAAUUCUUAUGAUAAGCUGUGGAGCAGAUAAAAGUAUAUAUUUCCGUCCAGCACAAAUGCUUCCAGAUGGGAUUCAUUUUAGUAGGCUGCAUCACACAGUGGAGAAAACCGCUAUGUAUGACAUGGAUGUGGAUGUGAGCCAGAAAACUGUAGCUGUUGCUUGUCAAGAUAAAAAUAUCAGAUUGUACAGUAUUUCAAGUGGUAAACAAGAGAAGAUUCUUAAAAGCUCUCCAAAUGGAGGGGCAUUACUAAAGGUGCAAAUUGAUCCCUCUGGAACAUUUUUUACAACUAGUUGCUCCAGUAAGAACAUAUCCUUCUUUGAUUUGCUAUCUGGAGAAUGUAUAGCAGAGGUAUAUGGCCAUUCAGAUUUAGUGACUGACAUGAAGUUUACAAAUGACUGCAAGAGAUUAAUCACUGUGUCUGGAGACAGUUGUGUGUUCAUCUGGAAACUGGAUCCUGCCAUGACUGCCUGCAUGAAGCAGCGUCUUAUUGAAUUGGGCAUUUUUGGGGAACAAAAGACUACAUGUUAUGACGAAUGCCUGCUUAACAACCGGAGAGAGACCUACAUAACAAACUUGCUUGGGGAAAGUGUUCAAAAUGAAAUAUUUAUGGACAGCAGUUACGAGACUGAUGAUUCCUCUACACAAACACCAUCAAAGAAGACCAAUGAAGCUGAUCCAGCCUUUUUAAAGACUAAUGGGAAAAUGCCCUUGUGGGUGCGAAAGCUGGAUAAAGACCAAGAUCCUCUGCUUAAUCAAAAUACAAUUAACGUAUAUCAGCCUCGUGGGCGUUGGGCUCAAAGUGAUAGCAACAUUAUUAUCAUGAAGUCUUUAGACACAGAAGAUAAAAGUUAUUGUUUUAGCCCAGAUCAAGAGGAAACUGGACAUUUUUUUCUACAUGACAAAACUGAUUUUGUGUUUGCUGAGCCACAGAACUUUCAGCAUCUCUUGGAGUCGGAAGAAAGAAAUGUUCACUCAUUGGCCAAUGAGACAUGUGUGCAGGAUUUGUCUGAUGAAGAUUCUGAUGUUAAAUCACAUUCUUUAGACUCAAAUGGUGGCAUUUUUUACCCUUCAUCUCUGCAGCUAUCUGGACAAGAAGAAAGUGACUAUGCUAUAGAAGAACAUCAGAUAUUUUCUGACACAUUUGAUAUGAGUGAUGUCAGAACAAUGCAUGACUUCUUGCCCAGUUGCCACCAAGACAAAGAUGAAGAAUCAUUAACAUCAGAGACCUGUUCUGAAGCAGAUUUGGAUGAAAAUGAAUUGCCAGGCACCUCUCAGCCUCAUACACCAGAAGAAGAAAAGUUCCUUCUGAAACAUUUUGACACAUUGAUUGAUGAUUUCUCUGAAGAAAGAUUUGACUACUCAUUAAAAGACCUGAAACCGCCAGAUGACGACGACCAUGACUUCAUUCAGAAUCCACGUCUCAGUUUUUCUGCCAAAUUUCUCUCUCGCUGCCAGAAGACCAGCAGACCUGAAAACUCAGACCUUCCACUUGAACAGCAAGUGAAAACUCCUUCACCUAUAUUGGGGAAUGAUGAACAAAUAAGUCAUUCAAAGACAUUUUCUGAGAAGCCAACAGAAGACAAGUUACUGGAUACAUUAGAAAAAAAUAAAAAUGUGAAUGCAACAGAUUUUUCAAAGCUAUGUCAUUUGCAAAAGGUGCAAAUGAAUGAGAAGGUAGCAUCACGUUCAUCAUUUCCUCCGUGUGUUUCAAGCAAAAAUGGAGCAUUCAACAAACCUAAAAAAGGGCGGUCUUACAUGGAUGCCACAGCUAGCUCUAAAGCAAAAAUAUUCCGCAGUGUUUCAAUGGGAGACAGUCUUAACACCAGCCAUUCUGAAGGCCAGAAAAAGCUCUCUAAUCUAUCUAGGCCUGCAUCAAGUAACGAUUUGCUGUCUUUGGAGCAAAAUAAUUGCUAUAAUGCAGAAGAUAAUUUGUGUGACCCAGCGCCCAUUCUUACAACAAACAAACCUGCCACUUCAGGAUAUAUGAAUGAACACGUGCAGGAUUCACCUGAUAAACUCUUAAUGCCUCCGCCAUUAUCCUGUGUGGUUAUUCCUCGUCUAAAAAGAAAAGCACAGUCUGCCAGUAACUUGGCUAAACCACCGGGAAAAGAGGAUCAACAUGACAUAGUCCGGAAGAACAAAAAUAAAGAAUCCAGGAGAAGUGGGGUAGAGAAUAGUAUUAACACAAAAAACUCUUUCAGGAGAUCUUCAUUAACCACAAGCAAAACCGCUAACAUGGCAGACUCUUCAAGGAGAGCAUCUGUAGCAGAAAUCCCAACUUGCAAAAACGAAUUUCAGGAAGUGGAGGACCACAAAAAUGAAAGCCAUAUGGUAGCAGUUGUUACAAGCAAUGAGAUGGCUACAUUAUCAACCAUGCCUUUUGCCAGCAACCAUGACAGUCAUGGUGCAAAAGUCCUGCUGGGUAAAUGUGAAGCUGUUAUUGAAAACCUUUGCAGUGCAUUUCAGAAGACGUUGGAACUUUAUAGUGAGAUUGAUAUUUGUGGCGGCUCUCAUGAGGAGAAACAACAGAUGAAAUCUCUGUUUUAUGCAUCCUUUAACCACAUUCGAAGUGAGAUGGAUUUAAUUGAAACUGAUCAGAACACUAACACAGCAAAUAACAAGAAUUCAAGAAGGAAUGAACACCAAGAGCGUAAUCCUACGCUUGACUUGCUGGAACAUUAUUCGGAGAUGAUGCUAAAAGUGAUGAAGGAGAAGAUUGCCAGCAAUUAAACUGUACAGUUUCAUAAUAAGCUUACUCUGUGAACUAGAUAUGGGCUGGCUAUCCUUAGGGCUUGCUGUAUCCAGCUUCUAGUUCUACGGUUUGUUAGACCUGAUCUUAGUCAUGCACAGAAGUAUUAUGUGAAAGUAUAUUCAAGUACCAGGGGAUUUAAAUUCCCCAGAAUAUUAAUAAAAGAACUUUAAGCACUUUUGACAUUUAGAUCAAUUUUCUAGUUUUUCUGCUUUCUGGGAAAUUAGCAAUUUUCAACUACUAAUACCAGACUUUCAGCAUAUUAGCCAGUGUCACUAACAUUCUGGUUUUGAAAGAAAGCUGUUGAGUCAAAAGCCAUUAAAAAUAGAAAACUGAUGUAAACUGAAUUACAAUGUAGUUAUUUAAAGUGAAUGUAAAAGCAAAAAAACCCAAAACAAUAUUGCAUGUACUGCUUCUAAACCUAAAAAGAAGUAUAUUUGCAUUGUACUUCAAUUAGAUAUUUUGUACUGUUUCUUUAAAAUAACCGAUUCUGUGCAGCUGAAUUGACUGUUCAUCUCCUCUCCCUCCUGAAGCUGCUCAGAGAAUCCUUUAACAGUCAGCUGGCCAGAAACAAACAGUGCUGCUCUGCAUUCCGAAGGGCAGGGAAGCAGAGCAGGGUUGUUUCAUUUUGUUUCUUUAUGGUUGAGGCCAAUCACAGUGAGAAACAAUCCUGUGCAGCUUCAGGAGGGAGAAGAGAUGAACAUGAUCGGUUAUUUUAAAGAAACAGUACAACAUUUCUAAUUAAAUUGAUAAUAUUAUUCUUUAGGUUUACAAGCAGUACAUGCAAUAUUGUUUUUGCCUUUACAUCUCCAUUAAAUCUUACUAUUGAACCCAUUAUUUAUUUAAUUUUUACUGAGCUUUAGAUCCCAGCUUAGCAAAGCACUUUAAACACCUUGCCACUCACAGUACUGUUCAUGCAUACUUUUAAAUAGCUUUGGGCAGAAGAAUUUUUGCUUGGAAAUAGAAAAAUACUAGUCCUCAAAUCCCCAUAUGACCUUGAAUCUUUUUAACAUCUUUAUAACAUCUUUUAAAUGUGACUGAAAAAACAAAGCUCAAGUAGAUUGUGAGAACCAUGUUCCCAUAUAGGCAGUUGUAUUUCUUAAGACUGUGUGAUUAGGCGAUAGCUUAGAAGCUGGCCGUGUGUUUACACAUUAAUGCUAAAUACUGAUGGAUUUGUAGGCACUGUUCAUUCAGAUUUAAGCAUUAGAAUUACCAGCUUUUAACGUGACUCCUGCUACAGCUCAGUCAUACAGAGGCAUACACCUGCAAGCACAAUUAUCCAAAUACUUUGUGUGGUUUUUAAAUGAGUUAUACUAAAUUGUAUAAAAAAAAAAAUGUUAAUAUUGCUGGUGCAUUUAAAAGUUGCAAUACACACUACUGGGCAGCUGUAGUAGGUAAAAUACUCUCCCUCUACCAUUUUUCUUUCUCCCAGUUAUAUACAGCACUGUUUAUAGGACUCGGCUCCGGUUCAGUACAAUUUUUUUUAAACAUAUACAUUUGACAAAACAUUUUAAAUAAGAAAAGUAUUAUCUUGCUCCAAGGCGAAAUUUUCCCAACAAAAAUGUAUUUAUUGUCCGUAUUAUAAUUAUUAUAUGUCCUUGUUAUAAAUCAUUGAUUUGUGCUACUAUGUGAAUGCUAAAAAUAUAUGUAAAGUAGCAAAAAUGAAGAUUUAUGUUUGUAAAUAUUUUUGUUUUGCGACAUUUUUAUCUAUUUGUGUCUUGAGAAUGUAGCUGUUCAUCAGCUUUUGUGAUCCUGACACCUUUCACUCUAUAAUAAAGUGAAAUAAUACCC